UUAAGACUCGCAGGUCGCCGGAUGGUCUAUCAUGUGUAUUGACUGCCACAUCUGAAGAGCAUGCCAUGUGCCUUGGCGAAACCAAGGAUCACGCAUUUCGUCAGCACUCAAGGGACAUUUCCUUUGCAAGAAAACACCAAAUCUAGUUUGAACUCAUUCAAAUCCGCCGAGUUAGAUCAUUGCUUGCCAUCGCAGGCGUAGUAGUGAGGGAGGGCGGCCUCAUGUCUUCUCGUCACUAUAAAGGGACUGUGUGGUGGCAGUCCCAUUACAGUACUGUUUGCCUUGCUAUCAUCAGUUCCUCAAAGCAACAAGAAUCAUCUCACCCUCCUCUCCCUAUCCUCCUCUUGCGGCCGCACACAACAACACACUGAUCCCAUGAGACUACUACGUGGAGCAGCCAGCGCCUCGAGGGCUCUGGCGUUGACCGUCACUACCACCAACUGUGCAAUGCCACGAGUGGGACCUUACUCUGGCCGUCUUGAAAUCAGCUAUGACUAUCUCGUCGAGUAUAACCACAAUAGCAUAGUACCGGACGCAGACCCGCUGGGUCCAACAUUGAUUGGAAUUGGAAAUGCCAUUGCGUAUGGAUUGGCGGCUGUCUUGGAUGGAUGCGAUGUCGACAGGCGUCCACUUUAUGCGGUGGAGUUGGCAUCGUGGCAUGAGGUCUUGGAAAGUGGCUAUUGUGAACCCAGGAAUCCAGGAAGCACUUGCCAAGUCGUUCGCGGUAUCACGGCAAUUCGCUCCGAUAGUACAGAUAUUGAUGCAGACGUGGAACAACUCGCCUUUGAUGCCAUUGAAGGUGUCUUUUAUGAACCAAACUUCCUUAAACAAUUUGUCCCGACAUCCUUCAAUAGGGUCGACUUUGGGCGCAUCGUUACCAGCGGUCCAGCCGGAGACAAGAAAAAGUCCCCUGCCGGAGGAAGGUCCAUCUCCAAAGUUCCCAUUAUUGUGACAGUCAUGACUUUGCUGGCCUUGGCUUGUGUGUUCAUGGCUGGUUGGAUCUGGAGGAACCGGGGACGUCAUUUAAGAACUGCCAAGCAGCCCAAGGCCCAGGGCGACAAGAAUGCGACAUUCCUCCUUGGUAGUGCCCCUCCAAAGUACUACGAACUCGACGAAGAACCCGAGAGCGGAGGAUCUUCUUCGGUUGCCAACAAAGUCGGUGAAAUUCUUGCAGGAGGAUAUGAGAAUGUUUCCAUGACAUGGAGCAUUUCCGACAUUACCUCAGAGAGUGGCUCGAUUCUCAGCAAUCUCUCGAGAACUACUAGCAAACUGGAACGAAUUGAAGAAGGCGACGAUGAAGGGAGCCACGAGGAAUGGGACGGUGAUGACACGGACGAACCGCUCAACCGUACGGUGGAUUCGAUCCCACCUGAAUGUCUUUACUGUGUGGAUUCGUCCGACCUGCUGCGCCAUCACAUUGAUCUUUUCCCGGUGGGAAUGGAAACAGACGCAGUGGCGUCUUUGACAGAAGUCAACACAUCAGGCCUGGAGGGCUGUCGCUUCGUGGAAGACAUUUUUGAACGACACGAAGAAGGUAUUGAAGUUCUUAGCAGCAAUGAAGAUCUCCAGGACCCAUCAUUGCCCCUUUCAACCACCAUCUUGUCGGACAUGGAGGACAAGGCAGCAUUGGUCUCAGUAGAAGAGUCUACAGAACAAGACAAGCCAGUGGACGAGAGUUUUGCCCGGAGCGACAACAGUGAACACAUGGGAAACAGUGGCUAUGAGCAUUCGAUAGACUCGUCUUCCACCUCGUCGUUAGGCGCGGACUCAAGUUCCCAGCAGGACAGCGAGCAUGAGUUGUCUGCAGCCACCAGCUCGACAACUUCCAGCGACGAAGAGGAAGAGCAGCAGGACAAAUUGAACGCUACUACGGACCUUUCCCUGCUUUUGGUAUCGACGUUGUCGUCUUCCGGUAUGCGAUCAAGCCACGACAGCGAUGGCGACGCCGCGGACGAUGAGGAUUCCGUGUCCACGUGUUACUCUUCCGACUACACUCGUGAGGCAUCCAAUGAAAGUUCCUCGGUGCUGCGUGGCGUGGAAAUGCCGGUGUUGCCGAAGGACAAGGAAGAGACAAGCUGUUGAGUUGUGGCGAUACAGUAGUGGGCUCUUUGCUAUUCGGCUUUUUGUGAGGAAGGGCUCCACCCCAACAAUACGAAGAUGAUAUCCCGAAGAAUCGUCUUCAUAUCUUCGUGUUGUAAGAUGAUGUUUCUUGGCAAAGCUCUAUAUUUUGGCUGUUUACGAGUACUUUGUCUUCUUGACUUGCCAGCCCCCCAAAGGCAAUACAAGGCACACGUCCUUGUGGUACUAGUAAGCCGAGACCGUGGUGGGGAAUAUUGUAUAAGGAUAGACGAAUGUCAUCAUUGUAUCCGGAAGCAAGUGGCGGACAACACACUACAUUUUAGUUGAUGAACAAGGAUUAUCAUUAUAUAGAAGUAAUGCACACUUUCUCUAUCUCUGGGGCUUGAUAAAUCUCCGGGGCUCGGGCGCUCGUUUCUCGCACUCCAAUCCAAUUUCGGUGCAAGCUAUCGCCCACCAUGCAGCCAACCCAGAAGGUUGUCAAAUCUCGUUAUUUUUUUGUUGCUUACUGACCGUGCUCCGCUUGGACUGCGGCAAUGAGCUCGGUGGCUCGCUUCUCGCACUCCAAUCCAAUGUCUAAGCAAAUAUUGGCCAACUUUCCGCUCUUGGAGUCUGAUUGGAUUGUGUGCAAGAUCUCCGCCAUGGUCUUUUGCAAGUUGAGUCGUUGUUCUGCCUCCAACAUGUAUCGUUCCUGCAUGGCCUUAACUGCCUCCUUGUAGCCUUGGAAAUCCAGCUUUGCUUCCUCCUGUAUGUCAUGAAGGAGGUUGGACUCUUCAAAGACGCUGCUGUUGCACAGCUCCGAGUACGAGCUGAACAAGUCUGCGGACUGCCCCUCCAGUCGGACAUUGUGUUGCUUGAGCUUGUCCAUUUGCUUUUCCAUUUUUCUCAAAUCCUUGUUGGCCAAUGUGCUUUCGCAUCGCAAGUCCUUGAUCUUUUGCAUGUUGGCUCCCAACUUGGCCUGAAGCUGACUGAAUUGAAUCUUGUUGGACAUUUCCUCCUUCUGGGCCUCCUGUUGCUGUUCUUCAAAGUCACGAAUGCCCUGCCAUGCGUCUUGCUCUCGUUGGGCCAUUUGUUCCAACUGCUCUUCGCACUUUUCAUCUUCUUGUCGAAGCAUUGCCUUGAGUCGAGCAAUCUCGUCAUUUGCUUUGGCAAGUUUCUUGUCCAACUUUUUCAUGCGUUGAUGAUGUGCCUCGACUUCGUCCGUGUCCCACUUGUGCAUGGGUUCUUCAUUGGGGAGACGACAAAAGGAUUGGUGAAAGGCUUCUUCGCCCAUCGACUUGAGAAGUUCCUUGUCACUGCGUGGGGACGUGGAAGGGGAGGAAGAUUUGGAUGAUUUACUCAUUUUCUUGGUGCUGUUGCUGCGAGAGGCUUGCUUGGCUGCCAUGAUUCUGGAUUAUUUUGUUUGCUUGGUUGUUUGGAUUUUGUGUUCUGGUGAGAAAUAAUAUUGUGAGAACUCUUGUGGA